GAUUUCGUGGCUGGGGGAACAAUGGAAGAUGAUGAUGAUGCAAAACUCAAAGAAGAAAUAGAAGCUGAAUUGGAUAAAAUCAGCAUUUCCUCCUUGGAAAAAGAUGAGGUUGAGAGUGAAUCGAAAUCGGAAACCCAGAGUGAUGAUAGUGAUAGAGAUUUAGAUGAAUUACCAGAGUCUGUUCUUCACUGUAUUAACAUCAUAAAGAACAAGAGUAAAACUGUUGAAGAGCUGAUUCUUCAGGACUUGGAAGAUACUGAUGUAUUAAGUUGUAGUUAUGGAGCAGCUUCUGAUAAUCAUUUGCAUUUAAGAAUAGGAUUAGCAACUGAACAUAAGGAGCAUCCAAAACAAUUAAUGAAGAUAUUAUCUGUAAUAGAAAAAGAAGAAUUUAUGAGAAGUAAAACUCUUUGUGUCAGUCCUGACUUUGUUCCUGAACCUGGUUGUCAAGACUUGCCUAUGGAUGAAUAUGUUUUACCAGAUGAUGCUGAUGUAAAUUUUGGAUACUGUGAAGUGGAAGAAAGAUGUAGACAGUCUUUCGAGGCUUGGCAAGACAAACAGAAAGAACUAGAAGACAAAGAGAAGGAAACUCUCAAAGCUCAGAGGGAUAGAGAAGAAAAGCAAUUUCAAGAAGAAGAAGAAAAGAGACAUUGCUGGAUGAAACAAUUUGAAGUUGAAAAGAAGAAAUUAGAGAAUAUUCAGAAGCAAGAACAAGACAAAAUGAAUGAUGAACUCCAUAAAGAAGAAAAGAUGUGGAAAGAUAAAUUUAAACAGCAUGAGGAAUUUAUAAGAAGUUUGCAUUUACAAAUGGAAGAGGAAAGAACAAAAUUUAAAGACCUACAGGAAAAAGAAAAAAUGCGUUUGUUAGAACUGCAGCAUAAUGCAGCCAUAAAAAUUCAAGCUAAAUAUAAAGCAUUUAUAGCUUACCAAAAAUAUGGCCCAAUCAUAAAAGAAAAAAUAGAAAGUAAGAAAAGGAAAGCACAAGAAUGGAAAGAAAAGGAAGCAUAUAUAAGACAGAGAGAAGAAGAAAAACAAAAAAGGUUAGAGGAGGAACAAAGGUUAGAAGACGAGAUUAAGAAGCAGAAGCAAGAGAAGAUGGAAAUGAGAAAAAAAGAAUAUGAGGAAAAAAAGAACAUCUUGAGACAAGAAAUAGAACAACUGCUAAUCAAGGAAAAAUUAAAAUUAAGAGACAGUUCAAGCCAACAGCUAAUAAGUAGUACAUUAAAGAAAGGAGAAUUUAAUGUGAAACUUUUCAUUGCUGAAGAUAUAUCAAAGAAUAAGGGCCAUAUAGUCAGAAAGCUAGUGGAUGAGAAUUCAAACAAGCAGGAAGAUGCUCCCCUUUGGCUAGUUGACGAAUCAAAUAAGAUACAAAAUGUAGACAGACAGCCUGUAUGGAAAAACUCAGUGCAAGUACAAUUAAAAGAAUCAAUAUCAAACCAAGCAAAUUUGACAGAAUUAAAACUAGAAGAAAGGAAUGAAGACCUAUCAAAAAGGCAGUGUUCAGAAAAAUUGGCCCUGCAAGAAACAAAAUAUGAAAAUAGAGACAAGAAAACAGAAUUGGAAAACCCAAUUCUAAAAGAAAAUGUGAAAGAACAGUUGGAGCUGCAAGAAUUGAAGUCUCAGAUACAAAAAGAGGAAACCACAGAACAUGCCCUAAAUGAGAAUGUAGGACAAGAAGUCCACAUAGUAACAUUAGGACAUAAUCAAGAAAUCAGUAGAGUGAAAAAUAAUGAAGUACAGAAAAGAGCCAAAGAUAAUCAACAGAAAAAGCUAGAUAAAGUAGAAAAAGAAGAGAUGCCAGUAUACAAGGGUUCAUUAUAUGAAGAGAAUAAUAAUUCAUUUAUUUCAACAGAACAAAAGCCACUGCCACUAACAUUAGAAAAUUCUCAGCAUAGAGGGGAAAAUGUAAUACUACAAGAAAAAGAAAGUGAUUUAAAAUCCAAAGAAAUGGAAGAGAACCUGGAAGUCAACACUCUGAAUACUGGCAUGAUUUUUAACACAACUGAUGCCAUGAUAAAUAUAGAAGGCAAAACAGACAAACAAGAUUAUGGUUUAGGUAGACAUGGCCCUUGUGAAAACUUGGAUGGCUAUAAUGCAAAAAGCUCUUUGGUUUCUAAGGAAGGAAAUUCUCUUAUACCUGAGAUUCCAGAAAUUCCAGAAAAAUGUCUUGACGUUAGAGCUCAACCUGAAAAUAUUGUGACUGGCUCUGUACCAGAGUCAGCACUUCCAUUUUCUAUUGAAGAAAAGAGACUAGCUUGGAUGAAAUCAUUUAAACCUUGGUUUGAAAUUUUAAAGCAAAAUCAACAAAAGAAAAUUGUUAAAAUAAAGAGAACUGUCAAGUGUCCAGCCGACACGAUGCCGCCUUUGAACACACUAGAAAUUCUUCGAUAUGGUCCUUGGAAUACUUUACAGCAGGUUACAACAGUUACGUUUCAAGACUUGCCAGGUUGUAGUCUCUCCACAUUGGCAGAGUGUAUAAAUCUUCAGUUUCUAUCUCUUCGACGCUGUGGAUUAAUUUCCUUGCACGGCCUGAGUAACUGCACAAAACUUAAGUACAUAGAUGCACAGGAAAACCAUAUUGAGACUAUCAGUUGUGAAAAUUUGGAAAAUCUCCGUGUUGUUCUUCUUAAUAGAAAUCAGUUGACUUCUUUUCAUGGUUUGGAUGGAUGCACCAAUAUUCAAAGUCUUGAACUUUCACAUAACAAAAUCACUAGAAUUGGUGGUCUAGAAUCUUUGAAAAAUCUUCAGCAACUAAUUGUGGAUCACAACCAGUUAAUUAGUAUAAGAGGUCUUCGUGAUACACCUACCAUUAUAUACCUGGACUGCUCACAUAAUCAUCUUACUGAUGCUGAAGGCAUUGAAAAUUGUGGAUUGCUCCAGAUAUUGAAGUUACAGGGAAAUUAUCUAACUGAGUUUCCAUCCUUGGAGAAUCAUGUCCUUCUAAGAGAAUUGCACUUGGAUGAGAAUAGCAUUUCAACUGUGGAAGCAUUGUCUUCAUAUUGGCUGCCUUUACUACAAAAUCUUACUCUCUCUCAAAACAGUUUGACAAAAAUGGUGCCACUUUUCCACUUUGUUUCCUUGGAAAAACUAGAUGUCAGCAACAAUUGUCUUUCUGAUCUUACAGGUGCCAUUAAGUGGUUUGAUGAAUGCCAUUCUCUCCAGGAAUUGUCUCUCAUUGGAAACCCACUGCUUCAAGAAGUAAACUGGAGGCAUCCUCUACUUGAAAAAUUACCUUCUUUAAGAAUCCUCAAUGGUGUUAUGCUAAACUCUUAUUCAGAAAGCCACACUGAACAAUACUAUCAACAAGAAUCAGGACAUUUCCUGUUUUUUUGUCAAUCUCAGAUUCAAGAAUUUAAUUUACUAAUAGAAAACUAUAUCUCUGGUAAAAGAGAUGAAUUCACCUUGGAUACAGCAGAAAGCCUCUGUCAUUAUUUGAAGGCAUUGAUGACACUUAGUCAUGAAUACCGAUGUGCACAUGAACGUGGGGACAUACAAAUCACCAAGAAUGGUCCAUCAGAAGUCCAGCAAAGUCAUCUGACCCAUACAAACAAUGACGGUGACGGGGUACUGCAAAGUAAUGUUGUCAGUUCUUAUGCAAAUGAGUGCAAGCUGGAUUCACCAUAUGUUGCUGAGAAAGGGAUGAACUUUGGCUGUAGUCACUCCCUAUUAAGCAACUCCUCCAUUUGUGAAAGCGUGGAAAGAAGAAAUCGGGAAAAAUUAAUAGGUCAGAAGAGAGAAGACAACAAUGCAAGCUGUAUUCCUAUCAAAAGAAUCCCACUCACAGAAACCGUAAUGACAAAUUCUGGGCUGUACAAUCACCAAAAUAUUGAAUAUAGUAAAAAAAUUAUGGCAGCUGUGGUGAUCCAGGCUCACUGGCGUGGUUACAUUGUGCGCAGACAGAUUCCCUUCUUUACAAGUCUACAUACUGCUGCAGCAAGACCCCUGCUAAAUUCCUGCGUUGAGGAUUGGACUAUGUUAAAGAAAGGAAAACGAGAAGAUAUUGUGCAUAUCCAAGGACAGAGGGAGAAGGCUGCUAUUCUUAUUCAGGCCAUUUGGAAAGGCUUUAUUUUGAGAAAGAAACUGACAACAGCUCUAGAGGCUAUUAAAAAUGAAGAAUCUGAAGAAGAAUAUGAAGAAAUAAAUAUAGAGGAUUUUACUUUUGAUGAAGCUGCCUUAGAGAAGGAGUGGCUAGCUUUAGAUUCUGCCUGCUUCCCUUCACAAACACUGUUUCUCUCAGACCAGCUGCAAUGGCCAAAGAUCUCUGGAACCUUAAAAUAUGAUGAUACUUCAGAUAAUUUACCAAGUCAGCCAGCUCAAGCAUGGCAAUGUAAUGAGAAAGAAAAUUUAUUUUCGUCAGAUCACACAAAACGUAAUAGAUCAGAACAUAGAACUUUGUCCUGGACACCAGAAUCAAAGACUAGUAGGAAGAAUUUGCUAAAAUCUGAAAAAGAGGAGAAAAUUUCAGAAGAAUGGGGCUUUAAGGAUAUUUCUACUGCUCAGCAAAUGCUGAAGAGGGCACAGAAAAUGAAAUCAAAGAAAUUUAAAAAAAAAUUAGAUCCCACUGUGCGCCUAGCAUUAUUUAAAAACAAUGAAAACAAAGUUUCUGUUACAAAACCACCAAAGAAAACACAGCCGAGAAGAGAUGAUUAUUUUGAAGAUAAGGAAGAAGACUUUAUCCGCAAGGAUGCUACUGCAAAUGAAGAGUUAGAAAGGAGUAGAGAAUAUACAUACCAAUGGCUUCAUACACAGGUUGGGGUUUUUGAAACAGCAAGUUCCAGAAAUAUGAAAAGCAAUCGCUUCUUGCCUGAGUUAGAUCCAGAUGUACUUAAUGGUGGAAGAGUUCAGCUUGUGGCAAGACUUGUAAGCAGAGAAGACACGGAUUUAGACCUUUUUUCCAUGACCAGUGGAAGUGCUUUGUCUGUGAAAAGAGAAAAAAAAAAUGAGGCACACAGACACUCAGCGGGAUCUUCAAGUAAGUUGUGGUUUCCUUCAGAAUUAAUUUAGAAAUCACAAAUGAAUUGAUGGAAUCUAAUGCCAACAAGCAUUCUUUUACAGAUAGGGGGUAGGAUGCCAGU